CUUUUCCAAGAAAAACCAAUACUUGUACCAUUUUUCUUUUUCUCUUGGUCCAAACAAGGAGCGGCCUAUUUUUUUUUUAUUUUUUAUUCCUUCUGUCUUUUAACAAUAAUAAAAUAAAAUAUUCUUUAUUAUUUUUAUUUUUUGGAUAAAUUUCGAGGCGAUUAAAAUUUAAUGAAUCCUGUCCAUCUACUCCUAUAAUAAUAUUAAUCUUAUUAUUUUGAUCUAUCUUCUCCGCUAGUUUUCUUCUUUAAAAGCGAGGGAACUUUCUUUAGCUCAACGCACUAACCAAUCUCCCAAAUUUUGUUUAUCCUCUUAGUAAAAGUAAAAACAAAAAGAGAAGAAAUGACGAUGAGCAGUAUGUGUUGUAGUAGGCUUGUGAUUGCACCGAAACCAAUUGACAAUAGAAUCCUCGUAUCGCCGAUUGGUAUUCGGGUGUUUGUACCUCAUGGUACAACCACUACUGCAAGGCCCACCUCGAGUUCUAGGGUUUGUGUUGUUCGGGCUUCAAUGGUGGACUCCUAUGAGAGCUCCUUCGAUUUCGUUAAGCGCAUGGAGAAAGCCUGGUUAAUCUCUCAGCAACCCAGACCAAUUAAUUGUACUUCUUGCAACUCAAACGGACAUGUUGAAUGCAAAUGGUGUGGGGGUACAGGCUUCUUUAUUCUUGGGGAUAACAUGCUCUGCCAAGUCCCUUCAAGAAACUCCAGUUGUGUUAUUUGUUCUGGAAAGGGAUCAAUGUGUUGCUCUGAUUGUAAGGGAACAGGCUUUCGUGCCAAGUGGUUAGGAGAGCCUCCUAUUUCCAAGUAGCAGUAUUGCUUCUCAGUUGGUGAAAAGAUCCAUAAAGUAUGUUAGCAGUAGCACCAAGGCAAUUGCCAAUUAACUUGUAGUGUUGUCUUAACUAAAUGGGCGCCGAUGUAUGUCAAAUUGCUUUUUGAUAUGUAACAUGAUGUUUGGAAGUGCAAUUUUCUUCUCAAGAAUAUAUAUGGUGUUGAAGGAUAAUGCUGGGUCAUGCACAGCAUAGUUAUACAUUCAUGGUAACGUCUGAGAUCUCUCUUUAUCUAAUGGUAUGAGAUGGAUUUCUCAACAUUUUUGUUUCUUUGUUUUGUACUUUCUUCCCUUCCAUAAGUACUAUGUAAAUCUUUUUGUGAAUGAACAUGGCCUCUAUACUUGAUAUCCCUUCA